ACACAAAAAUUGACGUCAUUCAGUCACAGUCUAGCCAGCGCAUGUGUGUGCACUUUUGACAUGCUCGAGAAAAGUGAAGCUAAAUCUUUACAAUAUGCCGAUAGCAGACACAAAUAAGCCGAUAAGUUGGGCUGACCAAGUCGAGGCUGGCGAACAGGGUCACCAUGUUCCAGAUGGAGAGGUCAUCCACGAUGGCAACAUCAAGAAAAUCAUCGACUACAAAAGGAACGAUGACGGCAAACUCCUGAAGGUUGUGAGAACCUUCAAGAUUGAGAAGAGAAAAACAUCCAAGACCAUAGCAUUGAGAAAGUCCUGGACAAAAUUUGGCCAGGCUUCAGAAGACGGUGAUGGUCCAAGCGUCACAACCACAGGCAUAGCCGACGACGUCUUCAUGCAGUUCGUCUCUGCCAAGGAUGACGGCACCAACCAGCAAGAAGACGACGCCCUGAAGAAACUGCAGAGCCAGCGACUGGUCAUGUGCCGGGUCUGCAAAGGCGACCACUGGACCACCAAGUGUCCUUACAAGGACUCGCUGGAACCCCUGCAAGAGAAGCUCCUCCAAGGGGGCGGGGCUGAUGGAGCAGAGGGGGCAGAUGAAAGUGCAGAUGCUGCUAAGAAGGCAGCCGGAGCUGGAGGAGGCAAAUACGUCCCACCCAGCGCUCGCGAUGCAUCGGGUCAGAGAAAAGUCACUCCCAUGGAUUCGAAGAGAGACCAGGGCACCACGAUCCGCGUGACCAAUCUCUCGGAGGAUACCCGCGAAGCCGACCUGCAAGACCUGUUCCACUCGUUUGGUCCCAUUCAACGCAUCUACCUAGCCAUGGACAAAAACACAGGCCGGUCAAAGGGUUUCGCCUUCAUCAAUUUCCACGGCAAAGAUAGUGCUGCGAACGCCAUCCGUGGUGUGUCAGGGUUUGGGUACGAUCAUCUCAUCCUGAAAGUGGAAUGGGCCAAGCCCUCAGGUACUGCACAACAUUAAAUGAAAGCUUCGUAAGUGGGCCAACGAAAGCAACCAAAGUCUCACUGGAUUCAACGCUCACACACUUGAGGAUGGUGUUAUUGUUCUUAGUCAUAAUUAUGUCACAUGUUGUUUACCCUAAGGCC